CUAACCAACGUCUGGCUACCAGUACCGGAACUGGAAUUCCAGAUUUUUGGACCCCGUCGUUUCUUUUCCAACUUCCUCUGCAACGCGUGGUGGUUCCACGAUGCAGUUGUUCGUCAAAGCCCUAGACGGUCGAACCGUCACCCUUGAUGUACACGCUGAAGACAGUAUCAGUCACGUAAAGUACGGCAUUGAAGAACGCACAGGUGUUCCGUCUACCGAGCAGAGACUGCUGUUCGGCACGAAACAGCUUGAUGACCAAGAAACCGCCGGUGCCUUGGGCAAUGGUGCUACCUUGCACUUGAGCUUGCGGCUGUUGGGUGGUGUAAUUGAGCCCAGUUUGCGUAUCUUGGCUCAGAAGUACAACUGCGACAAAAUGAUUUGCCGCAAGUGCUACGCUCGUCUUCACCCGAAGGCCACUAAUUGCAGGAAGCGCAAGUGUGGACACUCUAACAACCUGCGUCCCAAGAAGAAACUGAAGUAGAGAGUUUUUCAAAUAAAUCCCUGCUGGGUACAGCAACACACAAGGUUGAA